AUGGAGAUUUCUCCGGCGGAAAACAACGUCGGUGACUCCGGCGAAGCUGUUCCGACAGAAGUAACGAAACACGAAGACGGAGACACUUGUCGGAUUUGCCAAUCACCGGAGGAACCAGAUAAUCAACUGAGGCAUCCCUGCGCUUGUCGUGGUUCUCUCAAGUAUGUCCACACAAAUUGUCUCUUUCUCUGGAUCAAUCGCCGUAGAACCAAACAUUGCGAGAUUUGUAAGCGUAGCUACUCAAUUGUUCCGGUUUAUUCCGAUAACGCACCAGAGAGACUUCCAUGUCAUGAAUUCUUAAUGGGAAUGCUACUGAGAGCAUUUCGUUUCAUGAAUCUGAUUUUCCCUUGGGUUUUGGUGAUUCCUUUCCACUCAUAUUGCUCUUCCUUUAUUCAUUGGGACAAGGGUACUGAUUUAGAAGAGUUUGAACUGUCCUCGGGAUUUCUUGGUCUUAUUUACACCUUUAAGACUGUGUGUGACAUCACCAAUUUAGUUGUUUUAAGAGUGGCCAUGGAAGAGCUUGUAAGGAUACAACCCGAGUUGGUUAACCGUGUGGUCUUCAUAGGGAAUGAUCUUAGGCAUAGAGGUGUUACUGGAAUUGUGCUGGUGUUAGUGAAUUAUAUGCGGAUUCUCUGUGAUUGGUGGCAUGAUCAGCUCUUACAGUUAUCAUUCUUCCGUAUCUUUGAUAGGGGACCUCUCGCACUAGCUUUUGUUCCUCGAAACACGCAGCUUCAUGAGCUUGGAGCCAUCAGGAGAUUUCUUUUCUUUCUUGAUGACAACACUUUUGCUGUUUUUGCCAUCAAUAUCUAUUGGUCUUUCAUCGACCUUCUUUUACCAUUUUCUAUUGGCCGAGCUGUCUUAGCGUUCCUACGUUGUUUUCCAUACAGUUGGAUAUGGGAAAAUGUACCUGAGAUUGCUGUUGGGAAUAUGGUUAUAGUUUUGGUGUUUUUUGCUUACCUUGGAAGCGUCUUUAAUCUGCCUCGAAACAUAUUUUCAACCAGAUUCAGAUUGUUUUCACUGUCAGUUAAGGAUACAUUCAUCUUGUGUUUUAAAAUCGUCGUUCUACCUUGGUCACUUGGUUGCUGGCUAGAUUUCUGCACUUUCCCUAUUAGCGGAACGACAGUUUCCCAAAGGCUUGAGGUUCCUUCAGACUAUCCACUCAUGGCUGCCAAAAAUUGGUAUAUAGGACUCUGUUACUUGUGUGUUGCUUUACGGUGCAUGGAACUUAUCCAAAAGCUGGUUCAGAAACGAGCCUUUUGGUAUCUCCUAGAUGUCACAGAACCAAACUACAAAAUCACCAAGCUGCAUCUUGGUCAUAUUCUCUUGGCGUUUGCUUUCCACGGGGCAGUGGUGGUGAUUGUGUUUCACUUACCAAUAAAGACAAUCUCUCUCAUCAGCCGGUCCUUUUUCCCUCUCCAUGUCGGGGUCUACGAGGACGAAUUUGUGGUUGGCUUACUCGGUGCUUGUUUGUGCGUAACUGUAUUCGGCCCCAGGUGGUUAGUCAACUUUAUUAUACCAUCCAUCACACCCAUAGUUCACGAGUGGGUUGUCACUGUCAGUUCUUGGCUCAAGUUGAGUGAUUUCUUGCUUGGAGUGCCCCGAAGAGAAGGUUUUCACAAUGUGAGACCGCUGUUUCGAGCAUUUGGCAUAGCUGAAGGCUCUAUUGUCAGUUUGUAUGGAUCUCAGAGCGAUACUACCUGUGAAAAGGAUACUAACGACCAAAAAGAUAAAAGGUUUAUGCUGAGGAUUGGACUGAUGUUGGUUCUGGCUGCUUUGAGUAUGUAUCUUGUUAGUACAACCUUCAUGGCUUUACCAAUUUUGGUGGGAAGGGCGUUCUUCCACUCUAUCUCUUUCUUCAUGCUAAGUCUCGGACUUGAACAUGACGAUAUUUGGGCUUUCUGGAUUGGAUUUUCUGUCUUGCGAGGAACCUAUAUCUUUACAUGCUUUGCCUAUGAUCAUAUCGUGAGGGGAAGAACCGAUGUGCUUCUCAACCAUGUCUUGAUGUGCAUACGGAAUGUCUUGUUAUUCUCUAUAUGGAUCAUUGUCAUACCGAGAUUGGUCGGUCUACUUCUCGACCUCAUGAUCAUCAUCCCAUCACGAGUUCCGCUAGACGAAUCCCCGAUAUAUAACUUGUUCCACGAGUGGUUGAUCGGUGGGGUGGUCCUUCACACCUGGAUCAUACUGAAUACGCUCACACGGAACAACCGCUUCACGACUGCGGCAUGGCGAGAGAAGCUUCAGAGAGUAAGAAGCCUCGGAAUCAACCGACUUCCCUUUAAGUGGCUGAUUCGAGAUGUUAUUGGCUCGAUCAUAAACACACUUUUAACCAGUCUCUGCGUCCCUUACGUGGUGGUGAAGUCUCUGUUCCCGGUUCUUGGAUUUUCCGGUGAAGUCAACUUAACCGUCCAGCGGUUAAUUUGGCCGGCGUUCCUAGCCUUGAUCGUAGUAUGGUUCAGUGCCAAGCUCACUCUUGAUCUCAUCAUUUACCUUCACCAAGUGGAAUUCGAUAAUCGAUACAAAAUCGGCGAGAAGCUGGUCGAUUUCAUUGAAGAUCUUUAG